CAAAGACAGCCGAUCCUCCAAUCACAACAAGAAAAAUCGCAAACGCAAAGUUCCAACAUGGCAGAUUCCGUCAGGGACCAGAAAUUGGCUGCUGCAAGAAAGAAGCUGCGGCAAUUCCAGAAAAAGAAGGGCACAAGACGUGUUGCAGAAAACAUCUCCAAGGAAAGUACCCCAGAUGUAGAGGGCAAUGCUACAGAAGAAUCCAGUCUCUUGUCAGAAUCUGGCACACUGUCCUCAAGGGCAUCAUCAGUUGAUUUGGCAUCAGAGGACUUCCCUGACCCAUCCCAUGAUGUAAAGAUAAAAGAUAACACUAUCUUUCAAGGUUGCAUGGCUUUACCAGCUGAUCAUUACAUUAACGGCGAAACAACAAAUUCAUCAUGCACCCCAGUAGCUGAGCAUGAGCCACCUGAUCAUGCACAACCUGAAGCUUUGCAAAAACAUUCAAUUGAUGAAAGUAAUGUCAUAAAUUCAACCCAAAUUCACCCAGAUGUAUCAGUUGCAGGAAUGACACCAGCUUUUACAACCCCAAUAGAAAUAGUUCCUGGUCCAACAAAUAUUACUCAGCCAAACUUGGGUCAAGUGUUUGGUGGAGUCCCUGACAGAACUUACGAAAACACUGUCAAUGGAAUAGUUGGUGUAAUGCAUCAGCCAACAGCAUCAGCAGAUAACCAGCAGAGUUCAUUAGCAUCAUAUUUCCAAACCAAUGCUUCACAAAGUGAUCCAUUUGCAUUCAUAUCUGAGACAUCAAGUGGUGAUGUAGUGUCACAAGUUGAUACAUCAUACAAGAAUUUUGUAAGUCCAGAGGAGCAUAUGCCGGUUGUUGCAAGUCCCACUGUCAUAGAACCAGAUGAUAUUGAUAGCCAAGAUUGCACUGAAUCAGAUAAUACCACAUCACAUCAGGAACUCACUUCAUCAUCUGCAGACAUCCCAGAACAACCAAAAGAGGAUGUCCCCGAGGCCACAGCGCCCACCAAAACGACAGAUUACUCCGAUCGACAAAGUGCUGUUGACUUCAUUGACAGAGAUGGCUCUGUCAGUUCAGAAACUACGGCAAGUGUUACCACAGCAAUACAUCUCACUGCAGGGGACCAAACGAAUCAGCCUAUUUUAAAGUCUUCCUCAGAAAGUCUUCGACAGAUAUCCCUGCAACUGAGCGGUCUCAUGAGUGAAACAGAAGGAGCAAUUUCAGACUCAGCAAAUUUGACCAUAACAGAACUGGAGCGACGUAAUAGUGAACUUGCAGCAUUACUGCAGCAAGAACGCCAGACUUCACAGCAGCAAGCACAGCACAUUGACCAAAUGAAAGCACAAUUAGAGAGGGUUGAAGCAGAGUUGAGUGCUGCGCAAGGGGUUCUUAAUUCUAGUGCAGGAGGUGGUGUAAGAGAAAUAGAAAGCAUGAGGGAGCAACUCCAAGUUCACAUUCAGACCAUUGGAAUUUUAGUAUCGGAAAAAUCAGAACUCCAGUCUUCACUUACUCAUGCCAACCACGCCCUCAAACAGAAAGCAGGUGAAGUCUCAGAACUAGAUGGAAGGCUUAGUGCUUCUCGGCAGAGGGUGAGUGAGCUGGAAUCUAGCCUGAAAGACUUGACAUCACAGUAUGAGGUUCUGAAAGACCAGCAAACUAAUGUUUCCAAAGACUUGGAUACCAAUAAAAUGUCCAAUUUCAAGCUUAGUAAACUGUGUGAAGAGUUAAGAGCAUCAGUUGCUGAGCUUACAGAGCGGUUGAGUGUUAAGACGAAAGACUAUGAACAACUUGGGACUCAGCUGGCAGAUACUAAAAGUCAGCUUGCCAUGGCACAGCUUCAUGUACAACAGCUGAGAGAUGGGACAAGUGAUGAAAUUAGGGCUCAGCUUGAGCAAGUUCAGGCUUCACAUGCAGAAAGUCAGAGGCAGUUAGCAGCAGCAGAAGCAGCUUUAUCUCAGGCACGAACCGAGAAUGCACAGGUGGCUUCCCAGUAUCAACAGUACACAACAAAGCUUGCAGAGGAAUCUCAGACUCUUCAACAGAAGGUUGACCAACUAACUGUAGAGAAAGAAUCUCUCAGUGAAAACCUUGAGGACAUGAAAAGGAAACUAGAAUCUUCACUGACUGUCACUCCAAGUGGUGGGAUUAGUGAAGAGGCACUUCAGUCUGAGAGGGAGAACUUCAACAAGACAAUUGCCACAUUGCAAGAGGAAAUGCAUCAGUUACAGGAGCAAAAUAAUGCUAUGACCAGUGAUAAUAGCCAGCUCUCUAAACUUGUAGACCAGUUGUCUUGUAACUUAGAAGAAUUGGAGAUGAAGUUGGAGCGUACCAAAACUGAAGAAGUUGAUACGUCAAGACUUUUGGCAGCGAUGCAGAGUGAUAAAGUGGCUGCUGCAAGAGCCUUGACUCAGAAUAAACAACUUAAAGAGCAGCUAGAAGAGCUACAAAGUGGUUUCAUAAUAAUGAGCAAUAAAAAGUUGGAACUCACUGAGAAAUUGGAGAAAGAAUUAUAUGUAAAGAAAAAUCUUAAUCAGGAGAUAGCAUCACUGAAUGAGCAGUUAGCAAAUUUGGGGCAGCAAAUGGUUGAAAAGGAUAGGGAAAUGACCUCAUUGAAAGAAAAUGCAGAAUCACUGGGAACACAAUUGAUGUUGUUACGUAGCCAAACCCAUACACCAGCAGAACGUGGAUCUGAAGGAAAGCAGUCCUCUGAGGAAAUUAUGAAGUAUCAGGAAUUAAUUCAGCAAUUGGAAGAAAAGUUGAGAACUUCCAAUGACCAGAUACAACAGGUGACAGCAAAAAAUACUGAGCUUCAGACACUUAUUUCAGAUUACAACAAACAGAUGUCAAAACCAACAACUGAAAACUUGCCUAAUGGCAAUGCCAGUGAUGAAACAGCCUCAGAAGCCCACAAAGAACUGAUUUUGAAAGUAGCAAACCUCACAACAUAUGUGAAUGAGUUAGAAGCAGAAAGAAAUCAGCUAAAGACACACUUAGAAGAAGAGAGAAGUAAGAAAGCUGCACCAAAGCCUGAAGGAGAGAGGUCUGACCCUGCAUCACCAGAUGUGGAGUUCAACCCUGAGGUAUUCACGAAUUUAAAGGAAGCUCAUGAGGCCUUGGAGAAGCGCUUCAGUCGUAGCAUGGACAAGGUUGCAGAAUUGAGCGAUGAAAAGCAAAACCUAGAGCAUAUCAUACAGCAGUUACAAGUUGAAAAUGACUCCAUAGGUGACUACAUUACAAUAUAUCAGUUUCAGCGGGGCGUAAUGAAGCAGCAAGCAAGAGAGCGAGAGCUUGAGUUGUCAAGCCUCAAACAUGAAAGAGAGGAGAUGAAGAUAAAGUUAGCUACCCUACAGGAGCUAAUGGCCUCACUAGCCCAAGAAAAAGGUCAUGAUCAGCAACAGCUAAUGAAAAUGGAAACUGUCAUUAAACAGCAGCCAACUACAUUGACUAAUGUGAUAGAUCCAGUAGUGAAUGGUACUACUACUGAAGAAAAUCAUGUUGAAGUAGCAGAGGAGCCUUCUGAAAAGCCAGCAGAAGAGGAGAAUGAAAGUGGAAAAUCGUCUACAUCCGAGUCAAAUGCUGAAAGUACUUUCCACAUCAAUGGAGCACAAGAAUUACCAGCUAAGGGUAAAGAUACAACAGCAAAGAGUCCAACUGUUCAAAGAAUAUUAGAUUUGCUUAAUGAAAUGGAAGCCACUAGCCAGAUGGAACACUGUGGUCUUCAGAAGUUCCACCCAUGUCCACUCUGUUCAGGGAAGUUAAUAACUGUUUGAGAUUUGUAUAAAUUUAUGUUUCUAUCAAAGUAUGUGCUGAGAUAUUUUGUUAUAGCAAAGUUAUUGUUACUGUAUAAUGAAGGGCCUUAUCUUGCCAGUAACUAAUUUUAAAAUUUACAUUUCUUGGUCACCUUUCUGGGACAUCUUGGAAGUUGUAAUGGUUUUGUACUUAAAUUCUUUAGUUGAUAUCAAAGUGUAAUUUUAUGUUUUUUCUAGUAUGUAUGUGCUACCAAGUAAUGCUAUGAUGAAACUUAAGGUGCAGCCUAAAUUGACUUUCUGAACCCCAUACCCCAGUGACAUUAUUUUACUACCACAAAAAGAAAGAUCAUAUUGAAACACUUGAAACAAGGCUCUUGUUUUCUCAGGGUCUUUUAUAAUCAGGAAGCAUUACCAUCUUAAUACAUCAGGGAAUUGAUGUGGCAUCAUUGUUUCAUACAUUUUUGAGGUGUACAUAGCAUUUCCAUUUGUAUUUCACAAUUGAUAAUUGCAGGUUACCAGUUCCUCCUAUGGUAGCUUCAAAUGAAUUGUCAGCAAACAGUGAGUUGCUGAUUGAGUGAAAUAUUCAUAACUUGGCAAAUCAAGGUGUAACCAGAGAACUUAGCAUUUCAACCAAGUAUUUAGAAAAUGGAGAGGUAAAUGAAAGUAACAGUACUAUUAAAGUUCAGUGUAUGCAAUAAAUAGGUUAUCCUGGCAAUUACCCAUCUUUUAUGUUUGUAUUUUAUUUUUUUAAAUAGAUUUUAUAUUGUACUGUAGCAGACUGAAAUGCUGGUAUGUAUUAUCUUCAUUGUGGAUAAUUUUGUUACUGUCUUCAAUUAAUAAUACAUAUACAUGUAUAGCAAAGCAUGGCAAUAACUUAGACUUUCCAUUAAUAAUUUAUUACUUGACGUAAGAGGGCAAAUAGAUGAUAGCAUAUACUGUAGAUUAUAAUUAUAAAUGCAUAAUUUCACUUAUUAUCUAAUAAGCUCUAUGAUGGUAAAAUAUAUUUAAAGUAUAAUACAUAUAAUGAAAAUAAGUUAGUUUAAAGAGCCAUAUAUGGCCAUCUGUGACAGCUUCUACCAAUAAUCCAGUGGGGAUUUUUUGUAUUACUGUGUGUACUACUAUAAAUUCAAUAACAUUGAGUAAUUUAAUGUUGGUUUUCAGACAGUAUUUUUAUGAAGUGACAGAAAAAAAAGAUAAGAUAAAAAGGUAAGAUUAAGACAACUCUUACAUUUUUUUGUCACAAGAAUAUUGGCUGAAAACAGAUUUUAGAUAUAGUACAUGUAUCUCACUUUCCAAUGUGGAAUGUAUGCUUUUGUAAUGCUAAAAAUCUCCACUUGGGUUAUUGGUAAAAGCAUGUUAUAUAUGGCCAUAUGGCUCUCUUUCAAUUAAUUUAUUAACAUUAUACCUUUUGAGUAUAUUUCAAUAUGUAGGACUUAUUAGAAAAUAUGUGCAGUGAAUAUUGUAAGAGAAAUUAUGCAUUUAUAAUUGACAUCUAAAUGCUGAUGAUACUUGAUAAGGAGGCUACUGUUCUCAGAACAUAAAAUUUCUAACAGCUGCAAUUCUGUAAGAUUAACACGAAUUAGUUAAUGAAAACUGGUUUUGCAGUGUAUGCUAAUCUUUAGAUUCGUGCGAGAUAUUUGGCUUAGUUGACUGAUAAUGUGUAAAAGGCACCAGCUUGUUACAGACAUUUGCAAUAUGCUUAAUACAUUUAUUAUCUUUCUAAACUUGUAUAGGGAAAGGCUUACAUACGUAUAAAGCGCACACUAUUUAAAAAGGCCUUGUCUAUUAAAAAUCAAGGUUGGAUAGAAGAGAGAUCCGACUAGGUUUUGUUUACAAAAUUUAAUGACAGUUUAGUAUGCUAUUAAUUAUAGUAUAUGAGCCUUAUGAACUAUUAAAGAUCUCACAUGACUAAUCUUAAGAUUAUCAUGAAGCUCAAGAAGUUUUCAGAUGAGAAGGGAAUGUAUUAGCCCUGCUUGUGGAUAGGACAACCCUCUCUUCACAUGAUUGUUUAGUCAUGUGGCUUCGAUUGUAAAUUUCCGAGCAUUAGCUGUACUGUGUUACAUUUUGUAGAGAAAGUCAUGGUAUUAUGACAUUCAGGAAAGUAAUUUUUCUGCAAGGAGAAAAUGAAAACUUGAAGCUGUACGUUACCAAGAGUAGAUGAAUUAUCUGGAGAUCUAUUAGAAACUACACAACUAUCCACCUGAGAGAAUUCAGUAUAUUUGAUAGAUUCAGCAGUUGUAGUAUCUCACUCAUGGAUUAUUCAUUUCUUAUUUCUAAAAGUUCAGAAUCUUCCACAAGACAGUACUAGAUUCAAAAUGCUGUGAUGACAUCUUAAGAGUUUAGGAACGCAUUAAUCAAAGUAGUAAGAAGCAAACAAUAUAAUUUUUGUGAAUUAGAGUACCAGACUGGAUACAUGUUGCUUAAUGACAAAGUGCAGCUUCAAAAUCAUGGCAAGUAAGAAUUCCACACCCACUGUGAGUAUGGUUAGUCAGACAUUUGAUUAAAAAACAUUCUUUUUAGUGAAGUGCCAAAGAACUGUAAAUUACAAUUUAGUUUAAGCCAUAAAAACAGCUCUCUUAGAAGAUAGUAAUACCCACUUAAUACUUUACCAAUGAAUCAUGCAAGUAUAAUGGUUUUGAGAAAGUUGUGGAGCAAAGUUACUGAGAUAGCUUUAUUAAUUUUGAAUGCUGAUCAGGGUUUUGAAAAAGUUCUGGAGCCAAGUUACUGAGAUAGUAGUACUAAUGUUGAAUGCAGAUUAAGCUCACUUGUUUAUCAGUUGACAAACUUUCGCAAAUACUAUUUAUAUCUGCUAAGUUUGUGGUUAAGAACUAGUGAGAUGCUCUGCUACAUUGGACAUGCUUUAGAAUUGCUGUAUAUUUAACCCUUAAUGGACUGAUACCUUCAUAUGAGUAGCAAUAACAGGUUUUGAGUGGUGGACAGAUUCACUCAUGGUGGGCAUCAAUAUUACAUUCCAUCGAUUUGGGGAAAUCGGGCAGAAAGAAGUUCCUUUAGUUCUAUAGCCCAUAAUUUCACUAAUGACAAUUUUAGACAGGCCAAGAUCAAGGAAGCAAGCAACUCAUGAGUGUGUUAGACAUUUUUUUUUAUAAAUUUGCUCAAAUAUACCCAGGGGUUGCUGUUGGUUUUAGUUCUUAUCUUUUGUGAUAGUAUGUCAGUUGUUAUUGUAAUUCUGCAAAGAAAUAUUUUGGACAAGACAUACUAAUCAAAAAAAAGUUACUGCAUCUUCAAUCCUAGUAAAUUUAUGUAAAUAUUUUGCAACAAAAUACUCAGAAUUUGUUACUGAUUUUAGUUCUUAACUGUUUUGGUAUUGUACGAGUUUUACAAAAUAAAAAAAUUAUUUAUUAGAAAAAACAUGUGUAACUUGGUAAAAUUUAUGAUUGUCUUGUAAAAGAGGCCCCACAAGUGGUUGUAUAACAGUAUAAUCUUUUUCAACUAAUCGUGGAAGGUAGGGAGAAUUUUUUUUUUUCGUACACCUUGUGCAUUUGCUUAUCUUCCUCUUUCCAUUGACAUAUUUUCUUCUAAAUUGGCCGACCUCAAAGUUUCCCCAGCCUGGGGUGCUGCAUAUUUAUUUUUUAGCCCUGUUAAAAGGGUUAAAAGCAAUUAGACCAAAUAUAUGUGAACUGCCUCUGCCCAAAUUCAAGGAUGGGAACUUGGUCAAUUAAGUUUUGCAAAUCAACCAGUUUAUUCUGAUGUCUAGUUGGUGGAUUCAACUUCACUGAUUUCUCAGAAAAUCAUCUCUGAUACCUGUAAUUUGCUCUUAGAGUAUCAUAUAUUUAAUUUGCAUUUGUGGUGUGGAUUUUCAAGCUUGUUACUUAGGGAACUGGUCUGAAUUUUCAUCAGGUAUGUGAUGAACUCGCCAUUAAGCUGGAUUACUGAUGUUGGAAGCCAUGGUCAGGCCUUGAAACCAAUAGUGUACUGAUUUUGACAGUAGUCUCAUACAUAGAAAUGAAAGUAUGUUAAGUUAUUCUCUAGAAUGCCUGGUUUGGAUUUUACUCGGCAGUCUCAGCCAGGAAGUCCCAUUGGCACCACUGCCAUGAUACAGUGCUUACAUUAGUGUGUACAUCAAAGUAAUCUGGAUUUUGGGUGUCCAUGAUAUUACAAGUUAGGUGUUAACAUUAAUAAAAUACUUCAGAUGAGUCUUACAUGCCAAAUCCAGAGGCUUUAUUCAACUUGAAAGAAUCACAAACCUGCAGAAUCUAAGAUUACUUUAUUCCUGAAAACAUUGAACUACUAUUUAAUGAACUGUAGUUUGAAUUUCAGUGUAAAUAAAGGAGUAAUAGUUUUUGGGGAAUAAUAAGUACAAUGAUGAACAUGCACUUGUUAAAAUAUUCAAAUAAAAGAGUUUACAGUGCUUUAUGAGAUUUUGGUAAAUAGAAAACUUCCUCUUAAAUACUUAUUUUUCAAAGCAUUGUUAAGUUGAAUAUUUUGUGGUAAGAUUUCAUAAGAAAAUAUAAUUUUAACAUACCAUCGCUGUAAAUCACUUCUGGACGCUUCAAGGAGGCACUCAACUUAUCAGGCGUUCUGUAAUUUGGGCCUGCCAUUGAAAAUGUUUAAAGUAACAGAUCAUGCAGUAAACCUGCUAUGUUAACAUUCAGUAUAUUUUAUAGCUAAUAACAAUUCCUAAGCCAACGUGUUCUUUACACUAAUACAUUCAUUUCAAAAGAUCUUCAAAAUAAAUUACCUAAAAUGGUAGACUAGCUAAAAACCCAUCGUAAUAUUGCUGAUAAUUGUUGUGAUAUGACAGGCUGAAAGGCUUGCCUUUAUUUGUUUUAUUUAUUUUUUUUAAGGCCGAGUGGCUAAUUGCAGUUUUGGGGACCAAAAGGACAUCGCAAAAAACCCUCGGUAAUCCUUAUCUAUAAAAGGCAUGAUGCUGUAUACUGGACUCAGUACAGGGUUCUAAAGCAAUUGAUAAUAUCCCUAAUGCAACUGGUAGUAAUAUUAUGGAUUGUCUAAUCUGUAUUGCAUAUCCUUUUUUGUAUUUGAUGUAUUUGCUAUUCAGUAGAGUGGUCUGGUUCUUUUAAUUUCAUUCACUAAGGUCUGUAGAAAUGGUGAAUACAAUUGCCCCUCGACUUGCCAGUUUUAAGCACGUCUAUCUGACAAGUAACAAAAACAAUAUAGUACAGCCUACACCUGUACAUUCAAGAUAUCACAAGUAAUAGGAAUUCCAAAUAUGUUUAAAGCCUAAACUUGACCACACUUGACAAUUCUGUUUAGCUUCAUAAUGACGUUAAACAGAAGUCUGAUCAUUUGAGGUCUUCAAGUUGAAGGAUUAUCGUAUUUUCUCUUUCUCCUUCAGCAGCAAGUAUUGUCUGAAGAAUGACCUCUUCUCUUUAUUCUUCCUCCUCCUACUUUAUUCACUUGAAUACUAGUACAAUACAGUAACUUGAGAGUAGGUUUCUGGUUUAAAUCACUUUCACUGCAAUCUGCAGGAAGCAAGGUAACAUUAUUUUUAUGCCAGACUAAGCGGUAAAUCUGUUGUUGUUAUAUAUUUAAUUUCUAUCGAGACAAGCUCUUCUACAAGAUAAAUGUCUUUACUUGCAUUUUAUAAAUAUUUCCUAUUUUCACUGUGAUAAGUGAGUCCUAAAGUUUUAUUAAAAAAAUGCUAUUUAUUUCAGAUUUUACAAGUUGGUCCUUAAUAGCAUGAGAGUAUUUUCCUAUUAGUGAAAACUUUUGUUAUUGAACCAUUGGGCCAAGUAAAACAAUCUAAAUGUAAAUAUUGGUUUUGAAGGUGCUUCUGUUUUAUGUAAUUAUGUUUUUGCCUAAGAAAGACUGAAAUAAAUGAUACUGAAUUAUAUAAUUACAAAUUUUAUCAGUUGUUAAGGCCUCUUAUCACAAUACAGUAAUUAGAAACAAGAGCUAUUCAGUGGGAAUGGUGUUUAGUGCAGGUGUACGACAGACAGGAGUUCUUGGUUAUUAUUUCCUUAUGAUGUCGGACAAACUAUAGGCAGUGCAAACACAGUUGUUACAUCUUUCAAAUAUUUUAUUGUUGAUGUUGCAGCACAGCAGUAAGGUGUGUGCUGUAUGUUGCAUGUUUUGUAAAAUUUGAAAUUUCAUUAAAAAUUUGAUGCUCUUUGUAGUAUUUGCCAAAGCUCAAUAUAGUUAAGACAAACUUUUAAGACCUUACAGUCUUGUCCUAAAACUUUUAAUAUGAUUAAAAGUCGUCCUUUUAAAAUUUAUUAUCAGCUGUAGGUUUAUCAAAUUCAGCAGUUUAUAUAAAUGCUGUUUCAACUUAUCAGUAGCCUGCUGCCAUGUCAGUUUUUCCAAAGAGGUGCUCUCCUGUUAACAGUUUUAUAGACCAAGGUGUAUUGCUUAGGUAACAAUUUUGUAAUAUUUAUUUGUGAAUUUGCAUUUAAUAUUUUGUAAUAAAAAAUGAAUAUGCAUCUAGUU